GUGAUAAACGUGACGCAGGAGACUAGCACUGUGAGAAGGCAGCAAAGCAGCAGUCAUGCAAGGCUAUGGCGCGGUGGAAAUCGGCGGAAAUGUGUGAUGUGACAGAAUCUGAUGCGUGUCUUUUUUUUGUUUCCCCCGAAUACCGGCAUCAUACAAUCACUGCUGUAGUCCGAUUUCCGGCCCAGCUUGAAACAAUGGGAGGCAGGCUCAGUUGGUCCAUAACUUACCUGUAUCUCAUUUUUUGACCUUGCCCUUUUUUCCUGCUUGUUCUUGGCGCCAGUCCUCUCCCCCCCCUCUUCCCCUCCACAACCUGAAAGAAAGGUUUCCCCUACCUCUCCUCCUUUCAUAGCUCUUCAGUAUUUACUCUCCGUCCGUCCCCUUUUCUCCAUCUCCAACCAACAAACCCCCUCCUUCCAUCAUCUUCAUCACUCCCAUUUCGAUUUCUCUCUCCCUCACACGCCUCUAACAAACUCUAUACUUCUAAAAUGGUGAGCAUCUAUCCCCUCCCAUUUGUCGACACGGCACAUUUAGCCCCUCAUCUUCACGGGCAGAUCUCUACCCCGCCGAGCCUUUUCCCCCUCUAUACUUACAAGCCAAUGAACUGAUAAUGUCUAUGAUUCCCUAGGCCGAUUCUCUUUCUGAGGAGCAAGUCUCUGAAUUCAAGGAAGCCUUCUCCCUAUUUGUAAGUUUCUCCCAUCUCCUUCAUCGCUAUCCCUUUACCCCCCUCUCGCUGCUCUUUUAACACACCUCAACCUUACUGCCCACCGCCCCUGCUCCCCCGCCCCACUUCCCCCCGAACCCAAUCAGCGGCAUGACAGCUGACGCAGCACGAUCCCGGUACUUAGGACAAAGACGGUGAUGGUUAGUAGAUACAUCCCUCCCCCCCCCAAAGACCCCUUUUUUAUCGUCUGCCCCUUGCGAUUUAUAAUAUAUAAAAAAGUAAAAAGUCUCUGGUGGAACGUGUGAGAACUUGUGCUCGAACUAGUGCGCGCGUUCGACUGAUGACGAGAAAUGGUGGGGGGUUUGAUAAGCGACAAGGGUUUUAUCAGGCGUUGCAUAUGUGGUGCGGGAACUGACGUGUGUGGUCACGACCCACAGGACAAAUCACAACCAAGGAAUUGGGAACUGUCAUGAGGAGUCUGGGACAGAACCCUUCCGAGUCUGAGCUUCAGGACAUGAUCAAUGAGGUCGAUGCCGAUAACAAUGGCACCAUUGAUUUCCCCGGUUUGUUUAACCCAAUCUAGAUCCCUCCUUUCUUGCUCGUGUCUUUUUUUUCUGACGCCCUAUUUUACCAUUUGCAGAGUUCCUUACCAUGAUGGCUAGAAAGAUGAAGGACACUGAUAGCGAGGAGGAAAUCCGGGGUAAUUGGCUUUGCCUGACUGCCGAAAUCAUUGUAGCCGUGACUAAUAAGUUCCGCAGAGGCUUUCAAGGUCUUUGAUCGUGACAACAAUGGCUUUAUCUCUGCUGCCGAGUUGAGACACGUUAUGACCUCCAUUGGUGAGAAACUAACGGAUGACGAGGUCGACGAGAUGAUCAGGGAGGCGGAUCAGGACGGUGAUGGCAGAAUUGACUGUAAGUUUUCUUUGGUGGAUGGUCCUUGCGUGCCCGUAAAGCAUAUUAACAUGGUCCUCAUAGACAACGAGUUUGUCCAGCUCAUGAUGCAGAAAUAA